UGAAGAUCUGCAACAAGGAUCUGUAGAAAUGGUGUUCCAGGAUGGGCAUAGAAAAGCCCCUUUUUGUUGUUCCUGUCUCCUGCUUCUGUGUCUGGUGCUGGAGAACGCUGGUCCCAGUGGCUCUGUGAGAAUGAGUGGAGUUUAUGUUGAUAAUGGAUUUGAUCAGACUGUGGUGCAUAGGGUGGCCUCCCCGCGCGAUAAGCGCAACGUCGAAAAUGAAAUCCUGAACCUACUUGGUCUACCGGAAAGACCUCGGAAGACCAUUCACAGGCCACCUCAGGUCAAGAGAUCCGCACCGAAGUUCCUGCUGGACAUCUACAAGAAUGCUCUUGGUGAAGAGGACGAGAAACCGGUCGACGUCAAGCAUGGAAAGUCCGGAGAGUUCGACCUGUCCGGCCAGGAUCUGAGGGCCAUCGACCAAAGCGAUGUCAUCAUGACUUUUGCUGCACACAAUCGUCACGUGUCAAGUGUGAGGCACGAGCGAGGGAAGAGACUCUGGUUUGAUGUUUCUGAAAUACCACCUGGAGAGCAAAUAAUUGGCGCCGAAUUAAGACUUUAUCGAAGUAUAGAGACUGUAAGAAAUCGCAGAAAUAGAGGAUCUCAUACGAUAACAGCCUACCGUGUACUGCGUACUAAGAGUGGGGAACGAGAACUGCAAUAUGUGGAUUCUGUAAAUACUACUGUAAGAGAAGGCUGGAUUACUCUUAAUGUUAGUGGACCUCUUCAACAUUGGAUCAAUAAUCCUCGCGGUAAUCAAGGAUUUUACCUUUCUGUACAUCCAUCGGAUCGAUCUGUGCAUGAAAUGAAGCCAGAAGACGUGGGCAUUGUAGGAUUUAAAGGAGAUGCUGAUAAGCAACCAUUUAUGGUAGGAUAUUUCAAGAGUUCUGGAGUUCGAGAAAGAAAGAUCAGACAGAAACGUGAUGCUGGAGCUGGAAGAAAAAGGCUGAGCGAAUCUUCAAGUUUCGAUAUUCGAAAUACUAAUCCUUAUAUAGAUCCAGCCACGCAAACCAACACCAGAACCUGCAAAAUACAGACCCUCUAUGUUAGCUUCAGGGAUCUGCAGUGGCAGGACUGGAUUAUCGCUCCUGACGGCUACGAUGCGUACUACUGCAGCGGAGAAUGUAAUUUUCCUCUAAAUGCUCAUAUGAAUGCGACAAAUCAUGCCAUAGUUCAAACUCUUGUGCAUCUUGUAAAUCCUGGCAAAGUUCCAAAGCCUUGUUGCGCACCUACGAAACUCUCCGCGAUAUCCGUCCUCUAUUUUCUCGACGAGAGUAAUGUAAUUCUAAAAAAAUACAAAAACAUGGUUGUGAAAAGUUGCGGUUGUCAUUGAAAAAAAUUAGUGACUCUUAUAUAAACUAAACGAAGGUAAUCCUUGACUUUCGAGAUAAAAUAAAGUUUAAAGUGUACAUAUCAAGUAGUUUACGUAUAAUUGAUCAAAUUUAGUUAAUUAAGCAAUAUUUUAUCUCAAAAAAUAAGGAUUCUAAAAGAAAUUUCAAUUUUAUAUAUAUUUUGAUUCUGGCUGUAUUAUGAAUGAGCUAAUUAGUAAAUUUCUUCAGUUGAAGAACAUUUUAAAACUUUCUACUAGUUUUGAAAAUUAUUCUAGACCUUUUUAGUAGACGCAACUUUUAACACUGUGAAGAAAAAUACUCAAGGCUUAGAAUUUGUCUUUGAUGAAAGAAAAUACAUUUAAACUUCGUUGAGACUUGACAUUCCAUUAUUAUAAAGAUAUUUUUACCUGUUUUUCAUCAACGAUAAUUUGAUCAUUGCGUUAGAUACACAUUUUCAAUUUUGAAGGAUAUCUGUUUUGAAUUUUGAUAUGUGAUAUAUCUCUCUUGAAUAUGUUAGAAAACUUACACGAAUUUACAUUAAACAUACGAGAAAAAGAAGUCGAUAUCGCCGUCGAUCAGCGUUGAGUCACAAAUUCAAAACAAAGCUCAAAUAAAAAAAUUGAAAAAUGUCAGAAAGGCAAAUAAUGAAUAAUUAACGAGAUUACGUCAACUUGCAUUUUUCAUUUUCCCAGCCAUGGUAUUGAUAGAGAAAUAGGAAAUGCGAAUUUAACAUUAUUGUGGUGAGCUGAUUCAAUUUUAAUUAGUUUAGUCAAGAAUGAAUGUUAUGGACAAAGAAAAAUAUGUUUUUUUUUUAAAUAAUUUCUUUUUCUUAAUCGAAUGAUUUCAAAAAAUAUUUUAUCUAGCAAAGCUUAUGACAAAAACACAUUUACAUUUCAUUUCUUCAUCACCUGAUAACAUACAUAUUAUGUCGACUAACGUAUCGUUUAGGCGUAAGUUAUUUAUAAAUGUGUGUAAAAUACAUUCAAACGUGCGGUGUAUUAAAUUGCGUUUUGUACGAAUUUUUUAAGAAUGAUAAAGAGUGAAAAAAUGCGGUUAAAAGUACGAAUGUUGCUCGUAAAGGUGCAAGCAUAUCUUAAGUAAUAAGCAGGUAUAAAAUCCGUGGCAAUACUGAUGCAAAUUUUGUACCAAUAAUGUAAAUAAAUGUCUGUACAUACGUUAAA